UAUAACAUUUGGAUUAUAAUAACAAAUCAUAAUUUUUUUCAAUUGAUCAAUCAAAUCAAUUUUUGUUAUUAUUAUUAUUAUUUGUUUUCUCAAUUUCUAUAAACAAAUUAAAGAAUGAUGAAUUCUAGAAAUGAAAAUAAUCAUAAAUCAAUUGAUUCGAUACGAAAUAUUAGUCAAAAAAGACUAUUACAUCAUAGUGAUUCGACUAUAUCAUAUCCGAUAUCAGAUAAUAAUCAAUGUUCACCAAUAUCAAUUGGUUCCAGAGAUAAUCAAUUAUCGAUGCAAGAUAAUAUUAAAGAAUUAUUAUCACGUUUAAAUCAAUCAGAAGAUAUUGAAACAUCAACAUCUCGUUCAAUAAUACAUGGAUUAAUUUUGGUUACAAUAAUGAUUACAUCAUUGGUUGCAUUUGUUUGUUCAAAAGUUCGUCGAUGUUCAAAUUUUAUUAAUCUUUAUGAUUAUGAACAUUGUUCAAAAUAUUUUCUUUUCUAUUCAUCAAUGACAAUCAUAUCAUGUUUGGCUACAUUCAUAAUCUAUUUUCUACAUCUUAUUUCACAAUGUGACAUUUUAUGUUUAAGCAAAAAAAAAUAUGAAUUUGAAAUAAUGUUCAUUUCGAUUAUAUCUUGUUUAUUGGUUUUAAGUUCAAUCUGUUAUAUGACACAUACGAAUAUAUUUGCCGAAUCAUUCACACUAAUAAAAAAACGAUCACAAAGAAGAUGUGCUAUAUUGAAACGUCGUUUAAAUCUAGAUCUACAACAACAUUCAAUCAAUUCAAAUCGUUUUGAUAAUGCUAAAGUGGUUAGCUAUGUUCGUAAUAAUCAAAGAAGCAAAACAUUAUCGACAAGUUUAUCCGAUGAUUUUGAAGAUGAUGUUUUUAUUCAAUAAUUGGAAAUUUGAUUUUUUUUAAUCAAUGAAUAUUUUGUUAAAAUAAGUUAUUAAAAAGGUGUAUCAAAUAUAUUUUUUUAAAGAAAUGCAACGAUU